CCGAGUGAGAGAGCUCUAUCUCCGUGCGACUUCGCAUCUUGAUUUUUGCCUGUCAAGGCGGCGCCAUCUUCUUGAAUUAAGGCUGGCCUCGACCAUCAAGCUUACGCCCCGCAAGUGAUUAUCAGCCUCAGGCCUCUAUCACUAUUGCGCCAAACAUCAAGUCUAUAUUUACACGCCUUGACCCUGAAUACCUUCAAGAUGUCCGCCGACCCAUUGUUCUACCCAUUGGACUCCUCUGUUCGGCAGGAUGAGUGGCUCGACUUAGAUGCCAUGUUCCAACUCCCUCCAGAGUAUCUAGACAGCAUUCCCACUUCCGUGGAGUCGGUGUCUCCGCGAGACCUCGACCAGUCGUUCACUGAUACAGACUUCCUGAACUGGGAGUCGGACCCCGCAAUGUGCUCACAAACCAUGUUCCCUGAUUUCGUGGGUAAUGAUGGUUAUGAUGUUCCAGUGGGAGAGCUGGGCUCUUCAGUUAUGGACUUCCAGCCAUUCAUCAACCCAAAUGAUGUCCUACGGCAAGCGCCGUCGUUUCCAAACCAGUUUGUCGACCCGGUAUUCGAGAACACAUGCCUGCCAGAUGCGCAUGAUUUCUCCUUGUUCCGAGACCUCGUCGAGUCCCAAGCUGCUCUGGACCCCCGUUGCUACUCCCAGAAGGAGAAGCGGCGCGAUGCAUCAAUCGCACUGCAUCUGCAGCGUAUGCAGGAUGAGCUAGUUUCAGAGAUGAAUACUCCUAGCCUUUCAAGCAAUCAACUCUCAUCUCCAGACUGGUCCGAAUCCUCACUCGAGGUAACGCCCGAGUGCUAUUCCCUCGCGCCAACCGCUUCAACAUCCACCGAAUCGCAAACUACCCCACUCGCUGGACCACAGUCUUGGGCUGCGCCAAUGCAGUUGGUGUUGGAUCUCAACAUGAAUGCGACAACGAAUGUACCUAAGAAGCAGAAACCGAGAUCAAAAGCUCAACGAGAGAACUACAUCAAGGCUCGAAAGUAUGGAGUCUGCGAGAAGCAUCGCAAGCAGCAUAAGAGGUGCAACUGUGUCGAAAAGGCAGCAGCCGCGCACCUCAAUGCCAAUGCUUCACGUGCCAUUGCCGGCACUCCAUGCUUGCAGACGAACCACGACAGAGCGUUCGUAAAUAAGUCGCCACAGCGCUCUGUGCAAAGCCCGACAGGCUCUGCGAUUACCGGACUACCAAGACCGGUAAGGCAGCCGGUAGAGACAACAAAACCGGACCUGUCUCCAACACAGCCAUUGGCACCUUUGGGUCGCGCUCAGAACACCAUAAGACGGCGUGUCAACGCUGCGAAUGUCGGUGUUCCAAGCCCGCUAAACCAUCCGGUAAGGGUGACAAAGCCAGAUUUGUCUCCUACGCAGCCUCUGGCAACUUCCACUCGCGGUCAGCACGUUGCCAGACAACCAAUCUUUAUACAGAAGUCGAAUAUCUCCUCUGCACUUUCGCAGAUCCAUGCUUCACCUACAAGCCACGACAGAGCUACAGCUCACAUCACGCCGCAAGGCGCGCACACCGGCGGACUGCUCAAGGCACCCGCUCUAUACAGACACAAGGACGGUCUGAACAAGCAGAUUAUCAGAAUAGAGUCUGGCGGAGAGCAAAUUCGUCAAACAAUCCAAGUUACAGGUACUCAGACAACGCCUGGAUGUCGUGGUAUGCUCAAGGUACACAGCCUGAGAGCUGAAGAUAUGCCUCUUACCCGACGCGCAGGCGGAAUUGAGCGCCAGAUUAUACAGACCACUUGGUUUGCACAUAUUUCUAUAAGUCUCGUUCAAAAAGCAAGCGCCACCAUCCGCAGCGCCGCAGUUGGCCUGCUUUCUCACUGGCAAGGCUUAACGACGCUUUCUUCGGCGGGCCACCUUCUCGGUCGUCUUGCUGUGUCCUCAUCUAAGCUCUUUCUACAGUUUAGAAAGACACUGGGGAUGAUUUAA